AUGAAAGUGAUGAUGUGUUUCUGUCAUAAGAAGGUAUUAAGGGUUAUUUUCGCAUUGGUAAUAUUCAAUAGCACUGCAAGUCUAAUUUGCUAUGUUUUUGUAACUAGUAGUGUUAAGGACGAACCUAGCCCUCUUACUAAUCAUAGACACAUCUACCAAUAUAGUAAAGGAAGGCAGCAAGAUAACAAUUCAAGAAUGAAAAGGGAAGAUAUUUAUCCAUAUUCAUCAGAACAUCCUUUUUGGCUCGAUCCAGAAAGACACAAUGCUGAGAUAGCUUCAUUCCAUCUUGAUAGAAUACUCAAUUUUCGUCGAAACGUGCCUAUUGCUGGUCGUUUGAUAAACAUGACACAGGAGAUUUUACACAAAUGUGAUGAUAAAGCACUGUUGGAUACAUUUUUCUGGAAAGGUGAGUCUGAAUUCAAUGGCUUGCGUUUUGUUACUCCACCAAGGAGGUUAUGUAUGCACCACAUGGUAACCUUUAUUGGGGAAUGUCUGCCAUGGUUUUGCAACGAUGAGCAUCCGAUCUGUGGCAUCAGUGACCUGCUGGAGGUGUCCGUUGCCCAGUUCCUCCCAAAGUGCCCUGACAGUAAAUACCCAGUGAAUGACAGGGCUUACCCGUGGAGCCAGGAAGUUAAAGAAUCAAAAGUGUGGAAGAAUACAAAUAUCUGUGAUCAAGUUUUAAUGGAUUUACAAAAUAGAAAUGAUCGUACAUUCUUAGACCUCAUUGAUCUGGCAAUAUUUGACUUUCUGAUUGUGAACUAUGAUCGUCAUAGCUAUACAUCGUUAAAUCAGUUAAAAAAUAAAAGCUUUGUGACCAUACUGGAUAAUGGAAAAGGAUUUGGAAACCCUAAUAAUGAUGAGCUCACAAUCUUAGCGCCAGUAUAUCAGUGUUGCAAAGUCCGACGGUCAACAUAUUACAGGUUGAAGGAGCUUGAGAACAGCAAACUCAGCACAUCGAUGCGCUCGUCCAUGUCGCAUGAUGCAAUUUCGCCUAUUCUUAGUGAGGCAUUUCUUGCGGCACUUGAUCGGAGACUUAUGAACGCAAUUGAAACCAUACAAAAAUGUUUCUUGGAAAACGGUGAAGACCGUGUGCUUAUGGGCUACUAGCAAUAUAUAAACAACUUAAUUAUUAAGCAAAUGUGCUGAUUGGUUAGUUGCUAAAUAUUUUAUCAACUUGUUCAUACUCCAACCAAUCAUAAAUGAAAAUGUAAGCACCUUGUGGAUGGCUGGAAAGUCGCGUGUGGCACUAUGCAAUUUAUAAGUAUAAGCAGCCCAAAGAGGCGAGCACGAAGGAUCGUAUUUGUUUCUACUGCCCCUUCGGGGAUCAGCAGACACUUAUUAUAGCAAUCGUCUGUGGAAAUUAACUUGUAAGAGUAAAUCCAGUGGAGGUGCAUGAUGAGAUAUUGCGUCAUAAUGUAAAGGUAAAAAUGAGCAGUCUUCCAAAAUAAGCCAAUGCCAUACAGCCGGGCUAGACCUGUCUUAGAAAGAGCCAAAAAAUCAACAAUCUGUUACUUGUAAAGUUACUCAAGUGAAUUGCCAACACAAAAACCGUGGAUGAGUUAUGAGUAAAAAGUAGCCACAAAAAACCUAUUUCAACAAGUAGACACUGGAUGCCUACUUGUAAUAAUUCCUUCAGUCUGUCGUCGACCAAGCAAACGACUCACUCACACAGAACGGAUUAUAAAUUUGAAGUCGUCGUACGACACGUUUGAUGCAGCACAUACCACUGCAAUAUACUGUAGCAGAUGCUACAUACCCACUGCAAUGUAAAAGAUACCAAACAAUGCAACAGAUGCUACAUAUUACCAUGGAGGAAAUGUAGGACAAUGCUACUCAACCUCAGCAACGUGGCACAUGCUACAUAUUCUACUGUUAAUACUUCCCACACAAAAUAAAUGCAGUAGAUACCCCGGUUGUUUGUUAGUACAUGCCCAUAUAGUCUUAAAUGGGUAUAUGCAAUGCAGCCAAUGUUUUGCAACCCACUGUAAUGUGGCAAAAUAUGGUACGGUACAUCAAAGGCGCACCACUCGAUAUAUAGGCCUAUAUAAUAACAUUUUUCACCUCAUUAAAGUCAGACUCC